AUGCCAAAUAAAGAGCGAUGCAAAAGACAACGAGAAGGGAAACUCCAUACGGCAGCUUCGAAUGUGCCGAAACUUAGUUGUUUUGGUUUCACAAAGAUAACGCAUCAGUCGGUUCAAGUCACAAACACUAAUAAUGAAUCAGCAAAUACUAGCCUCUCGAACGUCCUUCAUAAAAACAACCGUGAGCAUGACGUCGAAUUCGUAUCUGGGAUACCUACGUCUACGGAGGUGAUUACAUGUACAACUCCAGUAAACAACGACUCUGGAAUAAACAUUAACGACGACGAUUCGCUAUUGGUUGGCAACGUCAAUGAGUCGAGCAGCGACGAGGAAGAUUCCCUUUCGGUGAGUAAUGAUCCUGAUUGGCCUGAAACAAACAACGAUUCGUUUUCCGUUACUCCAGCUAUUUCGGUACCAAGCGAAACCAUUCUUGAAAGCGAAUCAUUUCUUGACACGCUUAUUCCAGAAUCAGAUCCCACCAGUACUCAUCCUUCAACAACUCCAAGUCCAGGUCGUCAGUCUCCAUGUUGCACACAAAGUCGUAUAUACCAGCCAACGUUUGAUGAAUUGAAGAAAACAUCUGUCAGGCAGACGUCCCCGGAUGGGAAACAUCGGCAGUGUCCAAUGUCAAUUUUUUCGAAGUAUUCAUGGGCUACGUAUUGUCUAACGCAAGGCAGCAUAGCAUGUUUUUUUUGCAAAACGGCGAGCGAAAAGGGGCUAAUAACAUUUACUAAUUAUAAGAACAAUGCUUUCUGUGCGGCAACUUUUGCCAAUUGGAAAAGAUGGCAAGAAAAACUUGAAAAGCACCACAAUUCCAAUUUUCACAGAGAAGCAAUUGAGAAAAUUAGUUGCUUGAACAAUGCUAAAAUGAAUGUUGGAGCUCAGCUUAAUGACAAAUAUAAAGGUAACCAAGAACUUCAUCGAUAUUUAUUUCUGAAACAGCUAAGCAGCCUAAAGUAUCUGGUACGCCAAGGUCUUGCAUUACGGGGACACGAACGUAUAGAUAGUAAUCUUAUUCAACUGCUUAAAACAAGGGCUGAAGAUGUUCCUGAACUGAACAACUGGAUUGAGAAUAGACAAUACCUAAGUCCCAUUAUAAUCAAUGAGCUCCUCGAAAUGAUGGGUAAUACAGCCUUACGAUCGAUUUUAGAGGACAUUCGGAAUAACUCUGGAUUCUUCGGGUUAAUUGCAGACGAGUCUCGUGACAUCAGCAAUAAAGAGCAGCUAACGUGUAUACUUCGAUGGGUAUCUCUGUCCGAUCUGAUGACCCAUGAAGAUUUUAUUGGAAUGUACCUGGUCGAGAAACCCGAUGCCGAGACUAUAGCAGCUUCUUUGAAAGACAUUUUGCUGAGAUGUAGUCUCAACCUAAACGAUUGUUUUUGGCAGGCUUACGAUGGAGCAGCAACAAUGAGUGGUCAUCUUAGUGGAGUUGUGGCUGGGCUACAAAAUGAAAACCCGGUCGCUUUCCGUAUCCAUUGUUCUAACCACAGAUUAGAUUUGGCAUUGAAAGGCUGUGCAAAUGAGAGCAAGAUUAUUGGCGAUACUCUAAGCUUUGUACAGGAUUUAGCAGUUUUUAUCCGUCACUCUCCUUUGAGAAUGUCUACCUAUGAGAGAACAUUGCAAGCGAGUCGCUGGAAGAUAACGAGCAUGUCGAAAGCCUUCAUCUUCUUUGUCCUACUCGUUGGACCAUUAGAACCAAGGCCAUAUUAG